GGCCAAUCGGUUGACAAUCUGCUCUUUUCGUAAACAUGUCGCCCAUGAAGCUGUGUGUUCCUGGUGACAAGUUAUGCAGUGUAGAAGACUGUAUUCCCGGCACAGGGGUGUACCUGCGGCACGGCUACAUAUACUCCUCACUAGCGGGCUACGUGCUCCGGAAAAACGAGGGAGAGGAGCUACCUGUGAUCUCAGUGGUCAGGGAAACAGAAACACAACUACUACCAGAUGUAGGAGCAAUAGUCACCUGUAAGGUGACAAGCAUCAACCCCAGGUUCGCCAAGGUCCACAUCCUUUAUGUAGGCUCCACGCCGCUGAAAGACCGCUUCAGAGGGACAAUCAGAAAAGAAGAUGUGCGCGCAACAGAGAAAGACAAGGUGGAGACGUACAAAAGCUUCAGACCUGGCGACAUCGUCUUGGCAAAAGUGAUCUCUCUCGGUGACGUGCAGUCUAACUACCUGUUGACAACAGCAGAGAAUGAACUCGGGGUGGUGGUGGCACACAGUGAAUCAGGUGCCCAGAUGGUUCCCAUCAGCUGGUGUGAGAUGCAGUGCCCACAGACGCACGUCAAAGAGUUCCGCAAGGUGGCGCGAGUGCAGCCGGAGUAUCUACAGGCAUGAAAGCCCUGAAACGUCUUUCUUCCACAAGGAACACACAGCUUCCCCUCCUUCCUUGUCUACAAGUAGCUAUCCAACUCUUUUUCAGACGUUUUCUGAGAGGCUGGACAACGUGCAUAUCGUUGGCUACUUCUGGCUCAUGUAUUUCUUAUGUGUUUGUUAAAUAGCUUUCCCUCUGCACAUUGUGUCAUCAUUUGGUUGUGCCGGCUUGAAAACACAGACGCAGCGUCAGACCAAACUGCAAAAUUGUGAACACAUCGUCUAAACAAUGUGGCGACUGUUGUAAAAACACUUUAACCUCAAUUCAGUGCAUGCACAAGGAAUGUGGGUUUCUUUAAAGUUGCCCUUUAUUGCCUGAUGGAAACAUGAUUAGAGCUGACUAAGUUCACUCAGGAUGUUACGUUGCAGCUGCCAAACCUUUUAAGUGACCACUAUGUUGAGAGCUAAAUCUAUGAAUUUUGAAGCUAGUAUAGAAAGGUCUUUUUCACAGAUGCAGGAUUCACUCAGGUUGGCUAAUGAGCAUCGUGGCAGAUUGUCAGGUCACUUAAAGGAUGAAUCAGUUGGUGCACUUUGCUGGGUGCAUAAACGUGAGACUCCAUCUCAUGUAAAGACAAACAUGAACGCUAUAUCUCGUAACCACAGACAUCAAAGAGCGGCGGUUGUAUUUGGUCUGAAAGGAGGAGGAUUUGACCAAAAAGUGAGCACUGUGCUUUGAAACUUCUUUUGCAUGAUGUCAUGGAUGGGGCUCACCUGUUUUUUGUUUUUAAUACCUUGUUCAUUAAAGUGGCAAAAGACAAUAAUUUAGUUGAAAGACAUUUUAAUCUCGGGCUCAUUUUUCUAACUUUCGCAGUUUCAAGUAAACUGCUGGACAAACACCGUCCACACAGUUGUUUUAAAGGACAAUGAAUGUGAUCAAGAGAGCCAAAUGUUCUAUCCAAAUUACAACACUGCUACCAUGCAUGGAAUAUUGAAGUACAUGUGAUAGUGGAACAUUUCUUUCUUGUUUUCCAGCACAUUAUUAAAACUAAACAAUACUGAGCCUACAAGCAAGCAGAAAUGUUCUUAUUGUAUCUUUGAAGUAAAAUGUACUUUGAUUCUCCUUGUUUUACUUUACAGCAGAUGCCAUUCAUGUGCAACAUUGGUAUAAAAUGACUAACAGAA